UUAUUUUAAAAUAGUAACAAUGGCUUUUGCUUUACAAAAAUGUUGCUUUUGUCUUGCCUCACAACAGCAAAAUCUACAUGGUGUCAGCCUCUGCUUCUUCUUCUUCGUCUUCUUCUAGAUGCAUCUGGUCAGAGAGAGAUAAACAAACCCUAAAUUGCGGCUGAAUCUAUUCAUCCCCCACUCUAUCACCGCUCCUGAACCCUAAAUUCUCACUUAAAUGUGUGUCUCAACUAAAUGAACUAAGCAAAAGAGAGAUUAGUGAAAAAUCUGGAUCUGUUCGAAGAAGAAACAGAGAUCGAGAGGUUCGAUGGUAAUGGCGAAUAGGCUUCCUCUUCGAGAACGGGUACGGAGGAAGCGGUGGGUUGGGUGUUUUAAAGUGUUGUCUUGUUUUGGUACGAAAAAAGGAGAGAGGCGUAUUGUGCCAGCUUCUCGAAUACCUGAAGGGAAUGUUGCAACUGGUCGUCAUCAUCAAUCAAAUCAACCUCAGUCAACGACGGGAUUGAGUAACCAAGCUACAUCAAUGCUUGCUCCACCUUCCUCUCCAGCUUCUUUCUCACAUUCUGCUGCUCCUUCGACAAUGCAAUCGCCAAAUUGCCAGCUUUCGUUAUCUGCUAACUCUCCUGGUGGUCCUUCAUCCGCAAUGUUUGCAACAGGGCCUUAUGCUCAUGAGACCCAAUUGGUUUCACCACCGGUUUUCUCGACCUAUACCACGGAGCCAUCUACUGCUCCUUUGACUCCACCUCCUGAGUUAGCACAUCAUCUCACCACUCCUUCGUCACCUGAAGUACCUUAUGCUCGGUUCUUGACUUCUUCUACUGCUGAUCUCAAGAAAACAGAGAAAGGUGUUUACGUUUCUGCCAACGAUCUUCAUGCAACAUACGCGCUGUACCCUGGCAGCCCUGCAAGCGGUCUUAGGUCACCAAUCUCAAGGACCUUGGGGGGCGAUGGUCGAUGCUCAUCUUUUCCCGAGCGUGACUUCUUACCGCAAUGGGAUCCUUUGGCUUCUCCAAGAUCAGGCAAAUGUUCAAGGAGUGACUCUACUUAUGCACAGACACCUGAGACUAACAAUACUCCAAAGGCAUCUCAAGGUUCUAAUUUCUUCUGUCCUGACACAUUUGCUCGAUACUACCUUGACCAUGAUGCUCCCUUUUCUCAAACUGGUGGAAGACUAAGUGUUUCAAAGGACUCGGAUGUUUAUCCAACUAGUGGGAAUGGUCAACGUAUUUCCAAGCAUGAUAUGGAAGAACUCGAAGCAUACAGAGCUUCCUUUGGUUUCAGUGCAGAUGAAGUCAUCGCGACAAGCCAAUAUGUGGAGAUCACACAUCUGAACGAUGGCUCCUUCACCAUGAGGCCACGUAGUGCCUUGGAUGCAACUUCACCAAACUGUAAUAUAAAGGCUGCAUCAGAAGGUGAAGGGCUUAAUUUUUAUUGCUCGGAGGCUAACUUGGACCUGCAAAAAAGUGAAGAUAAUAGAAGCAACUUACAAGAGCCCCUCGAGUUUUACAAUGCAGAUCAUAUGCAGCGGCAACUUGAGCACAUAUCGGUAUCAAGCACGCCGGGAAAUGGAGGUCAAGCAAAGACAAGCAGAAAGUACAAGAUGGGUCUGUGCAGUUCGGAUGCAGAAAUCGAUUAUAGAAGAAGUGGACGAAGCAAAGGAGAUUUUGUAUGGCAUGACUAGAAGAAACCCUUUUUACUCUUCCUUCGUUUUUUAACUAAUCUGUAAAGUUUGGUUUUGCUUUCCUCUUGCCAGAACAAAUUAAGCUUGGUUCUGUCUGUGUGGUGUUUAGUUGAUAUGCUAUAUAUUAUAAGUAUAUAUACACAUAAAGUAUACGUAUAAUGCCUAACAAAUGACUGUUUGUAUGACUUCUUCUCUUUGCUUUUGGGUAUGUUUUAUUGAUGUCUUGUUUCGGAUUGGA